UUGGCGGUUGUACACUUUAGCAUAGCCCUAAGUAAACUGUUUAUACUACGUAUUUGUAAAAAGCUCUGACUUGAGCUUAAUCGUGCAACAAAUUCAAGCUACGGAGCACCUGCAAACUUCAUCUUCUUUACAGUCAUCACAACCAAAUUCCCACGCUAUUCUACAUUUCUACUCCUCUCUGUCAUCUUCUUCAAUCUGCUGCAAAAGUUUGCUUAAUCUGUUGAUUCUUGAAUAUUCUGCUUACUAUUCUUCAAACUACAAGCAGGCAACAUGAGGGAAGUUGUUACACUUCAAAUUGGAGGUUUUGCCAAUUUCAUAGGCUCUCAUUUCUGGAACUUCCAGGAUGAGCUGCUUGGUUUGGCUGGUGACCCUGAUGCUGAUCCAGUGUUUAAAAAUCCUGGAGUUAACAUGGAUGUGCUUUAUCGCUCUGGAGAGACUCAUGAGGGUGUUCUUACCUAUACCCCUCGAUUAGUUUCUGUUAAUUAUCAAGGAUCCCUUGGAUCAAUGAGCUCCCAUGGUACAUUGUAUAAUCAGACUUCAGAAUCACCUUCCCCUGUGGCCACCUGGAAAGGCAGUGUAUCCACCCAACGUUCUGAGUCUCACAAGAGAAACUUAUUCCUGCAAAGUUUGUACGAGGAAGAGCAGAAGCAAAAAAUUGGUAAAGACAACAGAAAUGCUGAUUUGCCAGAUGAUAUUGGAGACAAGGAUAUAGUGGAAUCUUUGGAAAAUGAUGUACAGUUCUGGACUGACUUCUCAAAAGCCCAUUAUCAUCCACAGAGUCUAUAUGAAAUAAAUGGGUUGUGGAUGGAUGUUGAGGGAUUUGAUAAUUAUGGUAUGGGAAAGGAUGUUUUUUCUGAAAGUUUUCGGGGAGAAGAGAUGACCGAAAGACUCCGUUUCUUCAUAGAAGAGUGUGAUCAUGUACAGGGAAUACAAUGUGUGGUGGAUGAUUCGGGGGGCUUUUCCAGUGUGGCAGUAGACUUUCUGCAGAACAUUGCUGAUGAAUUCACCAAUACUCCAGUGUUACUUUAUACUGUUCGCGAUCCUGGUUCAUCAAUGAGCUCUAGAAGUCGAAAAAGGAACAUUUCUCGGGACCUUCAUGAUGCAAUUUCUUUUGCAAAACUAUCUCCUUUCUGCAAACUAAUUGUACCCGUUGGUUUACCUUCUUUGAGUGGAAGCAAAGUUUCAACAAAUCUGCAUGUGAAUGAUAAAAAGCCUUUCCAUAGCAGUUCAAUCUAUGCUGCUGCUCUUCACACUCUCAGCCUGCCCUUUCGCAUGGACACGCUUGCGCCUGCUGCAACUUCUGGAUCUUCUCUUGGUGCUUUGGAUAUCAAUAGCAUUGCACAGAUGCUAUCUGGCCACCUCCGACAGAAUAUGGUUGCUACAUUAGAUGCUACCAUGCCUGCACCUGCUAUUGGGGAACCUGCUCAGGAACAAUUAUUGAGUAAGUUGCAGUCAUUGACUCCAGAAACAUCGGAAAAUAUGGAAGACGUGCAUUCUGUAGAAACAUUGGUGAUACAUGGAGCUCUUAAAUCAGGUGAGCAACGAGCAUCACUGUCUGAAGUCCAACAAGCUAUUUCUGCUGCUUAUGAACAGGCAUCUUUGAGGCCUAGAUUCUGUAAUCUAUCUGCUGUAACUUGCCCUCUCCCGAUACCAUUACCAUUUCCAUCUAUAUUCUCGGAAAAUGUUGGUUGCAGUGGACAACUGCUUAGCAAUCCUAGUCCAAAUUCAUCUUCAAAGGGACCACUCGAUGUCCAUUCUAUCCCUAUGGCUGCAAGACUGCGCUCUAGCAGUGCUGUAUUACCUUUCUUGUCCAGCAGGCUGGAAAACCUUCGGAAAUUUGGUAUUCAAUAUGGUGCUAUCGGAGGAGAAUUAAUGAAUAGUUGGGGUUUUGGAAAGGAGGAACUUGAAGAUAUGGGAGAGACAUUAUCAAACAUGGUCAGGAAUCUGGAUCCAUACUCUGAUGUAACCUCUGAUUCAGAUUAGUUUAACUGUAGACAUGCUACAAGAACUUAUAAUCUGUUGUAAAUACAGUUGAAUUUUUCCUUUGUUUACUCUAGAAAGAUCCUUGGACCGACUGGCUCAAGUAUAGGUUUCUUUCGAUAGGUCUAUAAUAUUUACUUUUUUUUUUUUUUUUUUGAAUAGAUCUAUAAUAUUUACUUUAUGAAGCUUACAGCCUUGCACUCCGUAAGUCCGUAUUUCUUGAUGACGUUCGACGGAUUAAAAUAUUAGUCUAUCGGUUACUCCGUGUUGACUGUAUAUGCUCGAGAGAAGGGUAUCUUAAUACUACCUCUGAUUUUUUUUAGUUGCAACUUCGGGUAUCAUUUGUGAGAUAUAAAAUAUUUCAAAAUUGCAACUAAAAAAAUCGAAGGUAAUAUUUAUUCUUCCUUGCCUUCAAUUUUUUUUUUUUUUUUUAAGGAAAUCCUGUAAAAAAAAAUGUGACUAAUAAUAUAAAGAGAAAUUCAACAAUUUUUCAUACUCGAAUUUUCAAACCUGACCAAAUUAAUGUAUACCUAUCCGAACAUGGAAUACCAUUCCACCCAGAAAAUUUAAUUGGCAGACAUUUCUAUCAUCCAUCAAUUAUGUUGCUACUAAUUAAUUGAACAUGGGAAAGACUGGCAAAAUGUCGUUCAAUUUUAAAAUUUUCGUGUAAGAAUAUACUGGAACUAAUACAAAUAGAAUAAACAUAACAUAAGCUAAAACAUAACAGGUGAAAUUGCAGCUCAUUGUACUCUGGAUUUGUCUCACAUUCUUGUCCUCCAUUUUCAUUCUUCCAAGUCCACUUUAGAAUUAUUUGAAACUCAUACGUGCUAUGUGGCGAUAUGAUACGUUUUUGAUAGCGAAGACAAUUGCCUUUUGAUUUUUUAUUUGCUCUUAUUUAUUUAUUUUAUUUAAAAAAAAAGUCAAUUUAGCGUUUAAUCAUAAUAAACCUGGGGCCAAGCUUAUAACUAAAGUCAAGGACAAAGAGGAGGGAAAAAUCUUGAUAAAGCAUCAGCAAAGUUACCUAACCCUUUAAUUAAUCAUGAAAUUUACUUAAAAUGGGGCAUAAAGCUAACUUAAAUCUUUGUGAAAGCAACAUGUAGCUUACAUAAGUUGCAUGUUUAGUUGUUAAACUGGACUUAUGCAUUACACCCACACGAGAGAAUUUCUCCUGGAAGCAGAAGAACUUUUGAAAUUGCGCAAAAUGUUCUCUAGCCUUGAAUCUUGUAUCUUUUAUAGAGUAAAUACAACGAUGUACAUGUAAUGUUCAAGCCUUGAAUCUCAACUAUCUUUAAUUUUAUGUAUCUACUACAUCCAUAUGACCAUAUUGAUAGUGAAUAAAACAUAUUCUUGGGCCUCAACCAUCAGCUUAAGCUUUUGGUUGAGUUGUCCUUUAACAUGGUAUCGAAGCCAGCGUGACACAAAGGUCAUGGAUUCAAAUCUCAUCCACCCCUCUUUCAAAGUGGAAUUAAUUUGCGCCAGACAUGAGAGGACCUGUACAACUUUUGGUUGAGUUGGCCCUUUAACACAUAUUCAUUGCUUGAUGGUACGUAGCUGCACGUUUCAAGUUAGUGCAUUUACAUAUAUACCUCACUCUUCAUAGAGUCAUAGCCAAAUAAACAUGUAUAGUGAACGUACACACCAUCUUUGGUGUAGCCUCCUUUGAUACACCCGGGUGACUAACGUAUAUUGAUAGUUUUUGCAACUAAUGAGUGCAAAACAAUAACAAGAGAUAAACUUUGGUGAUUGAUGGUUAUAAACUUAUAAUGCUAAGAUUUGCUAACAGACAUUUACAUCCUUCUUAAAAAUGAUAUACUUGGUAACACGUUAUUUCAAAUGUGACAAAACUAUAUGUCAAAUUCAAGCAAUAACAUAAAAAGAUGGACUCUAUUAUUUCCCUUCUUAUUGUCGUCAAGUAGUUGUCUACAUAUUAUUGAAUAUAAAUCACAAACAUAUCUUUCUGUAAGUUUGUUUUUCCUCUUCCUUUAGCUCCCAUAAUUUAACCUCUCUUACCUUAGUUUCUUAUCUUUUUUGGGGGGUUGGUUUGUCUGACAUGAGUCUUUUGUUGACUCUUCGAAUUAAAAAACGGACAGCUUUGAGGGGUUGAUUGAGAUAUAAUUUGUUUAAAUGCAAGGAACCACGUACAUCACUUCAUUGACAAUUUUAUCACGUUUUUAGCUAUUUACGUAUCAUACAUUUGGGUGUACAUACUAAGAUAUAUUUGCAUUAUACCAACGUUCAAUUAUGUAAAAUAAUAGUACAAAAAUACUACUCGUAGUAGGUAAGUUGUGCAACUGAGAGAUUUUCAAAGUAAGAUAGAUGAGAAAAUAUUGACUAAAGUAAGAAUUUAGCAGCUGCCUUAACUAGUUACUUUGACCACCGAAUAAUGAAGGGAAAAAAAUAAUAUAAAAAAUGAAAAGGUCUGGUAUGUCUUUCAACCUAGUAGAAAUAACCCACGUGCAAAUGAAUCUAACGUUCUUCCAAGAAAUUAAUAAAAAUAUUUAAAAUUUAGCAUUAGUAGUAACUGUGAAGUUAGCUAGCUAGCUAGCUGCCUAGUUUAGUAGCUGUCCAUUACAACUCUUAGGAAAUUAUUAAUCAAAUACUUACUUCUAAGUUUUACGUAAUUAUUUAAAGUGUAAUUUAAUCAAAUACUUACUUCUAAGUUUUACGUAAUUAUUUAAAGUGUAAUUUGCAUAGUCUAGUUAUAUUUUAUCUAUGUGUAUAACGCACAUGAACAUCAAUGUGCUUUGCCUGCACAAAGGUGCACCCUACAUCAUCAAUUAAGCAUUGUAGUACUAGCUCCGUUGUUAAUUAGGAAGGUCACAAAUCUACAAUGAUAAUCCUACCUAUAAUAAUACUCAGUAUUUUAUAGCAAAAAUAAAGUAAUAUAAUUAAUUACUUGGAGAAAAAAUACGUCAAAUAUAAACAAUAUAAUUAUUAAAAUAUUAUGGUAGUUAUACUUCAAACAACCACUGUACAAUUUUUAAUUAUUACCAUCCAUUAUUUAGUAACAAAAACAAUGCAGUCUUACCUUUUAUCUCGAAAAAUCUUCAAAUAUUAAAGUGAGGGUGAAUUGAAUAGGGGUUUUAUUAGCUAUUUAGGAGGAUCCGAGGAUGUGAUGAGUUUGUAGGUACUACGCAAAUAAUUAUGUUUGACAAUACUAAACUUAAGAUCUCUCUCACCUCACAACUUAAUCACAAGAACUCUGAUCUUGACGGUGUUGUUAAAAGAUAGAUUUUCGAAAUUUACAAUAUACGAUCACCAAACACUUGAAAUAAUAUAUGGUACUAUCUUGAUUAGUCAAACUUACCACAAACUUACUAAAGUGAUCUAAAUCCACUAUUUUUAUGCACUGCGCAGUCAACUGUAUUAAACUUUUCAUUGUUUGGUGGCCAUUUAACCAACCAGUACGUGGUCCUUUUGUUUGAUUUUUCAUCAAGGUUUUACUGAAAAUAGUUAAAACCAUGUAGUUUUUAUAGGAAAUCUGACAUUAGGGUUGUAGGGUGCACCCCCUAAAUUGUUACUUGUAAAAGGUAAAUUGCAAUAAUUUUCUCAAUUUAACAAUAAUUGCUAUGAAGGGUAUAUUAUUUGAUAUUCUAUUCAUAUGUACAGGCCGUAGCAUUGAUUUUAGGGGCUCUGUUCCAAAUCGAAAAAGGGGCCUUAAUAAUGUUAAAAUUAUACAUUUUUUUUUAAUCUAUAAUUUUGGCAAUGCACAAUUUUCCUAUAUAUACAUUGCAAAAUAAAAAUGCUUUCACAUAACUGGCGAAUUACUCGAUAACGUUGAUUCUCAAUCUUUGUUCAAAAGAAUAGGACCAAUUUGGACCUUCAAAAAAUAAAAUUGUUAGAUACAGAACUAGUCUCCCAUCUGUUGUAUAUCAAUCAAAUCUGCUAUAUAUGAUUACGAAUCUUAGAGCAUCCAUUCCUUUGAUUUUGAUGUAAGAUGAUUGUAUAAUUUUAAUUCAUUCAUUCAUUCAUUCGUAUAUAAUUAUUGAUUGAAUUUGUUUUAUGAUUGAUUAGCUGUGCAUUGGUUCUGUUUUGAAUGCCAUUCAUCUAAACAACCACUGAACCACUGACCACGGUAUGUAUUUGUAGGAUGUUAGAUUAAUUGUACGAUACAGCUAAUUAGAUUAAUAGCGUGCAAUAGUCUAGAAUUUCCACUUUUCCAGAUAUUAUUAGCCAAAAUCAAAAAUUAAUGUCUCUGUUGCAACACGAGCAGGGCCGAAAAAAAAAAAA